UUGCUUGCUCUUGAUUAAACACUCUCCUUGGUCCCCGCUUGCUCCCCUCUUUUCCGCUGCGUGCAGGGUGCCUUCUUUCAUUGCAAGCCUCCACGCCUACGUGAAGCCCGACACCACAUCGAGCACUACCGCGACAUCCGCAGCCAUCAUGUCGCUCCACUCUACGCGUAAUGUCGACAUGGGCAAGCAAGAGUCCGAGUUGGCCAUCAACAUCCGCAAGGCCACAAGUAUUGAGGAGACCGCUCCCAAGCGAAAACACGUCAGAGCAUGCAUUGUCUACACAUACGACCACCGCAGCUCGCAAUCCUUCUGGGCUGGCAUGAAGGUGCAACCCAUCAUGGCAGACGAGAUCCAGACCUUCAAGGCCCUCAUCACCAUCCACAAGGUCCUCCAAGAAGGUCACCCCAUCGUUCUGAAAGAGGCACAGGCCCACGUUGGUUGGCUCGAGAGUCUGUCGCGUGGCGUCGCUGGUGGUGAUGGCAUGAAGGGAUACGGAUCCCUCAUCUCGGAAUAUGUCUAUUACCUGAUCGCAAAGCUCAACUUCCACCGAAACCAUCCCGAGUUCAAUGGAACGUUCGAGUACGAGGAGUACAUCAGUCUAAAGUCCAUCAACGAUCCCAAUGAAGGCUACGAGACCAUUUCCGACCUCAUGAACCUCCAGGAUCAGAUUGAGACUUUCCAGAAGCUCGUUUUUGCUAAUUUCAGAGGCGGACUGAACAACGAGUGUAAGAUCUCGUGUCUGGUGCCUCUGGUGCAGGAGAGCUACGGAAUCUACAAAUUCAUCACUAGCAUGCUUCGCGCCAUGCACACUGCUCUCGGAGACGACGAGGUUCUUGCGCCUCUCCGUGGACGUUACGACGCUCAGCACUACCGCUUGGUCAAGUUCUAUUACGAGUGCUCCAACUUGCGCUAUCUGACCAGUCUCAUCACUAUUCCCAAACUGCCUCAAGACCCACCGAACCUCCUUGGCGACGACGAGGACAGACCUGCGCUCCCUGCCAGGCCCAGAAACGAACCUGUCACUAAGCCCGCCGAUACACCUCCUCGCCAGCCUUCUGUCGAUCCCGAACCGAUCAACGAAUUCUGGAAGAAUGAGCAGGCUCGUCAGCAAGAGGAGUACGAAGCGGAGCAAAGAAGGUUGCAGGCACAAUGGGAUGAGGCGCAAAGACAGCAGCAACAGGCCUCUCUUCAGGCGCAAAGAGAUUUCGAGGAGCAACAGAGACUGCAAGCCGAGCAGCAAAGACUGGCUCAGGAGCAAUUGAUGCGUGAUCAGUACUCGCAACAAACUCAAGGCAGAAUGGCAGAGCUGGAGCGUGAGAAUCUGAAUGCGCGUGCACAGUAUGAACGCGAUCAGCUCAUGCUUGAGCAAUACGACAGACGUAUGAAGGCCCUUGAGGGAGAGUUGCAGCAACUCCAGGUCAACUUCGGCCAGCAAAAUGCUUCCAAGGACGAACAGAUUCGUGCUCUGCAGGAGCAGAUCAACACCUGGAGAACCAAAUACGAGGCUUUGGCCAAACUGUACUCUCAGCUGCGUCACGAACAUCUCGAGCUUCUCCAGAAAUUCAAGGGUGUCCAACUCAAGGCAGCUUCGGCGCAAGAGGCUAUUGACAGGAGAGAGAAGCUGGAGAGAGAACUCAAGACAAAGAACUUGGAACUGGCUGACAUGAUUCGCGAGAGAGACCGUGCUCUUCACGACAAGGACCGUUCAUCUGGUGGACACAAGGACGAGCUUGAGAAGCUUAGACGUGAACUGCGCUUCGCUCUCGACAAGGCCGAGAACGCUGAGAGAUCCAAGGGAUCCGAGCUUUCUUCUCUUCUAUCCAGGCAUAACAGAGAAAUUGCCGAUCUCGAGGAGGCUCUGCGUAACAAGACAAGAGCUCUGGAUGACGCCCAGAACAAGUACGGGGAACAAGAUUCCGACUUGGAGAGACUUCUUCGCGAGAAGGAGGAUGAGCUCGAGAUCUUCAAGGCUGGCAUGGAUCAGACACUUUUGGAGUUGAACGAACUCCGAAAUGGCCAAGGCGAGACGGACCAAGCUCUUGACGAGCAGAUCGAUACUCUGCUUCUCGACAGCGUUCGCAAGAUCACUGAUAUUAUCGAUUCCGUUCUUCAAAGCGGAGUCCAGCGUGUCGAUGAUGCUCUCUAUGAGCUGGAUUCGACUAUGCAAGCAGGAAACCAAAGUGCUUCUGGCGCUUACGUUUUAUCCACAAUCGAGAAGGCUGCAUCGAGCGCAAUGGAAUUCUCGACCGCUUUCAACAACUUCAUUGCCGAUGGUCCUAACAGCACCCAUGCUGAAGUCAUCCGCACUGUUCACACUUUCUCCAACUCUGUUGCAGAUGUCCUUUCGAACACCAAGGGUAUUACCAGAUUUGCUUCCGACGAGAAGAAGGCAGAUCAGCUUAUGAACGCUGCACGUCAAUCUGCCCUUAGUACCGUCAGCUUCUUCCGUUCCAUCCAGAGUUAUCGUCUUGACGGUCUGGAUGAUUUGCAGAAGACCGAUGUUGUCAUCAACAAGAACAACGAGGUUCAGAUCAACCUGAACAGCUUGUCCAAGAUUGCUGAUGCGUUCGCUCCGAAGACCAAGAUCACCUCUGGCUCUGGUGAUCUCGGCGAUCUCGUUGACCGCGAGAUGGCUAAUGCUGCCAAGGCCAUUGAAGCAGCUACUGACCGUCUCACUGCACUUAUGAACAAGUCCAGAGAUGGUUACUCGACCUACGAGCUUAAGAUUCACGAUGCUAUCCUCGGCGCUGCUAUCGCGGUUACCAACGCCAUUGCUAAUCUGAUCAAGGCCGCCACGGCAUCUCAACAAGAGAUUGUUAAGGAAGGUCGUGGCUCAUCCCUGUCAAAGUCGGCUUUUUACAAGAAGAACAACAGAUGGACAGAGGGAUUGAUCUCUGCCGCAAAGGCUGUUGCCAACAGCACAAAUUUGCUCAUCGAAACUGCCGAUGGCGUUAUUGGAGGUCGCAACUCGCCCGAACAGCUGAUUGUCGCAUCCAACGAUGUCGCAGCUUCCACUGCUCAGCUUGUCGCUGCCAGCAGAGUUAAGGCUAGCUUCAUGAGCAAGACCCAAGAGAGACUUGAGGAUGCCAGCAAGGCUGUGACUGGCGCAUGCCGCAGUCUUGUCAAGCAAGUCCAAGCCAUCAUUGACGCUCGCGCCAACGGCGAAGAAGUCGUCGACUAUUCCAAGCUGUCAAAGCACGAGUUCAACAGAUCCCACAUGGAGAAGCAAGUCGAGAUCCUUCAACUCGAAAAUGCGCUUGGUAGGGCACGAAAAGAUCUGGGCGAGAUGCGCAAGCUCGCGUAUCAGGAAGACGAGGAAUGAGUGGUUUCAUAGAGCCUCUUUUUUGUUGUCUUGCUUUUAUGAUACCAAAUUUGCGUCUCUCUCUUGUUGUAUUGUAAUUAAAUCUAUUCCCUCUUUAUACU